AUGCAACUUUUCAACCAUCAUUAUUUGUUGUUGUUUGAAGCGCAGGUUAAAUGUACGAAUUUGCAAUCUGCUGCAGUCACUCUUAGAAUUUUGCGUGAUAUUCGACAACGUGUGGCAUCUUGGAAUGUAUUAAAUUCUUGGGCUAUCGAACUCUUGGUAGAAAAAGUGCUUGCGUCGUGUGGGAAACCACUUUCUCCUGGUGAUGCUUUGCGACGAGUUUUUGAAGCGAUUUCGUCAGGAAUUCUUUUUGCAAAUGGGCCUGGUAUUAUGGAUCCCUGUGAGAAGGAUAAACGUGAUGUGUUAUCGGAUCUUACUGGUCAGCAGCGUGAAGAUAUUACGUCAAGUGCGCAACAUGCUCUACGUCUUAUCGCAUUCAAUCAGAUUUAUAAGAUCUUGGGUAUUGAACGCCUACCUGAUGCUCGUACAUCUUCGGGCUUUCUGAAUGAUCGAAAGCGUCCACGUGAUCCAAGCGAUCAAGAUGACGGUGAGGUUAUCGGUUAG